UCACUUAAAUGACUAACUCCACCCCAAAAAAAGAAGAACUUUUGCUGAAACUGCUGGAGGAGAGACAGCUCCUGCCCCUGAAACCAUGGGGCCUGUCAGCUACUCAUCAGAGACCUAUGACUUGAGCCAGGUAGAGCUGAGCGGUUACUACGAAGCUGAGAACACCACCCCGUCUUUGGAAGGCUACUUUUGCUUCAACCCAGCCUCAUCCAUGGUCGGCAAUCAGAGAGACCCCUUCAGAAAGGUCUUCAUGCCCCUCAUCUAUCUGCUGAUGUUUGUCUUGGGGACUGUGGGCAAUGCCCUGGUCCUGGUCAUUUUAGAGAGGUUCAAGCGCUCUCGCACUACCACAGAAAACUUCCUCUUCCACCUCACCCUGGCCAACCUGGCACUGUUGCUCACCUUCCCCUUCAGUGUGGUGGAGAGCUUAGCCGGGUGGGUAUUUGGAAAGUACCUCUGCAAGAUCCUCAGUGCUGUCCACAAGAUCAAUUUCUACUGCAGCAGCAUGCUGCUGGGGUGCAUCGCAGUGGACCGCUACCUGGCCAUCGUCUACGCAAUCCACACCUACCGCAAACGCAGAGCUCGCUCCAUCCACCUCACCUGCACGGCUGUCUGGCUCUGCUCGCUGCUUUUGACCUUACCUGAUCUCAUCUUCAUGGAAGUCUGGACAGACGACAGCAACCGCAGCAUUUGCUAUUUUCCAGAGGUUGGGAUCGAUGGCAACAAUGCUUGGCUGGCGACCCGCUUCCUCUACCACACCGUGGGCUUCUUUCUGCCCCUGCUGGUCAUGUGCUACUGCUACGUGGCCAUCGUCCGGGCUCUGUGUCAGUCCCAGCGCCUGCAGAGGCAAAAAGCUGUCCGCGUGGCCAUCCUGGUCACAGGUGUCUUCCUGCUCUGCUGGAGCCCCUACCACAUCGUCAUCUUCCUGAACACACUUACCAAGCUAGAAGCCUUCACCAAGAACUGUCUCCUGGAAGACCAGCUGGACACGGCCAUCAUGGUGACAGAGGCCAUCGGCUUCACCCACUGCUGCCUCAACCCCAUCCUCUACGCCUUCAUUGGAGUAAAGUUCCGUAACGACUUUUUCCGGAUCCUGCAGGAGCUCGGUUGCAUAAGCCAGGAGACCUUGCAGGAGAUCCUGGAGGUGACAAGGAAGGGCAGCGGGAUCGAGUCUGACAACACCACCUCCAUCUCCACUUUCUAG